CUCAGCCGGCGGCCUAAGACCGGGGCCGCCCCUAUCCCCGAGAGCCGGCAGGGGUCUGGGAGGAGGAGCAGAGCGCAGGGAGACGGCUUCGCUCUCGGCCCACCGCGGAGGUUGCGGCCCCCCCAUAAACUAGCAGGCUUCUCGGGCCCCAGCCUGCCCUCGGCAUCGCCACAGCGGGCCUAAUAUGGCGGCUCGAGCCGGGACCUCCCGGGUGUGCAGAGAACCGGGCCGAGGUCCGGGGCCAGGAACUGCUCCCGGCAUUCCUCGCGGGCGUGGUGUGGGCUCCCUUCCGCCUUCUCCAGGUCCCGCGAGAGGGAGAUCCUGGGGCUUUGAGGUAGCAUGGCCCAGGGUCUGAUUGAAGUGGAGCGAAAGUUCGUUCCCGGCCCUGGCACAGAGGAGCGGCUGCAGGAAUUGGGGGGUACCCUGGAGCGCCGAGUCACUUUCCGAGACAGCUACUAUGACACCCCUGAGCUGAGCCUCAUGCGGGCUGACUACUGGCUCCGACAGCGAGAGGGCAGUGGAUGGGAGCUCAAAUGUUCCAGAGCAGCAAGUGUCUCAGGACCCCACACUGAGUACAUGGAACUCACAGCUGAGCCUGCAGUUGUGACCCAGCUCUGUGAGGUGCUGAGGGCUGAAGUCCCGGGAGCUGGAGGCGUGGCUGCUGUGCUGGGCCCUCUAGGGCUGAAGGAAGUAGAGUUUGUGACUAAGCGUAGUGCCUGGAAAGUGGUGCUGCACGGAGCUGAUGAAGAGGAGCCGCCGCUCAGGGUGGAACUGGAUACAGCUGACUUUGGCUACGCUGUGGGUGAGGUAGAGGCCCUGGUGCAAGAGGAGGCUGAAGUCCCAGCUGCCCUAGAGAAGAUCCACAGCCUCAGCAGCAUGCUUGGUGAGGGAGACAGACGGCGGGCACCUGCCAAGCUGAUUGUGUACCUACAACGCUUCCGGCCUCAGGACUAUCAGCGCCUGCUAGAAGUGUACAGCUCCAAAAGAGAAGCCUUAGGGGGACUGGAAGAUCCAGACGUGACAUUGGGCUAG